GGUGGGGGUGGGGCUGUGGGGGUGGCUGGGAGUGCGGGCGGGAGGAGGCCCAUCCCGGCAUCCACAUCCACACCCACACCCACACCCACACACCCACACACCCACACCCACACCCACACCCACACACCCACACCCACACCCAUACCCAUACCAACAUCUGCAAUGUAUGUAAGAUAGGCUGAUAUGAAAAUCAUCCGAUCUCGAUAAGUCACUGAUGAAGAAAAACUCGAUGUAAAUUGUUUCAAAAUAUAGUGAAUCAUCAGUAGUUAUCGUUGUGCUUGCUGUUUUGCAUUAGAUUAACGUUGUCAAAAAGAUUCGAUUGAUAUACGACAAUAAUGUAAAAAAUAUUCAUAUAGAAUUGUUACGUGUGUCAACAAAUCUGUGAACAUACAUUUACUUCGAAUGCUCGUCUUUUUCUUAAACGAAAAAACUUACAGUUAAGAAGAUACUUGAUUCGUAUAUAAGAAAGAAAGCACUAUUGAAUGCGAGACUCAAAUUAUCUUCAGAUUCGCUUUUAUUGUUUUCCAUUAUUUUUUUUGGAAACGAUACAAUACGACCACAAUUCACCGGUAUACUCUCUAAGUAAUUUAUGAGCUUUGUAACAAUUCAAAGAUCAAAACACAUUGAUCAUACUUCUGAAUGAUGGGAUAUUAUCCCAUACAAAUGUGAGUAAUAGUGACUUGGCGUUUUUUUUCCCAUUAUAUAUCGAUUACCUUUAUCUCUUUCUUUGUGUUUAUUAUGAAUCUGUCUAACGACUAUGUGAAUAAGAGAAUAAUGAAUGAGUGUUGGUAUUUGUCCAAGUAUUGGGUAAUGGAUCAAUAAACAUAACGAUGACAGCAGAAGUGAAAUAUAUAAAUAGUAGAACAUUUUAGCUAACAUAACCAUUAUUUUCUUUUACUUUAUCUCUUGGCCAUAAAAAGGAAUAUUAUAAGUAAGUUGUAAGAGAAUACUACACCUAGUAAAUUUCUUUUUUUUUUACAUUUAAUGCACUAUUUACAGACGAUACAGUGAUUAUGAAGCUGACUUGGACAUUUUAUCUAUUAGCAAUUAUUAUCGUUGCAAGUGUCAUUACACCGUCGAAUUGUUUGAAUUUUACGGGUUUGAAGGAAAUAAUAAUAAACAAGCGACGUAAGAAAACUGAUAAAAAUCUAAUUAAAAUGACAACAAAAUGCUCAUUAUGAUAGAUAUUCUUUAGUCUGUUUAAAAUAACGAACCUUAUUUUUUGAUUGAAAUUGAAAAAUGAAAUAGAUUUCGUAUCAGAACAAUAUUUUUUGGAAGCGAUGCACAUUUUUCGUAGGACAGUGGAAUGACUAACAAGGUUGUUAGAACAAUGGUCACAAAUAACUUGAUUUAGAAAAUUUGCUUCUUCAAUUACACAAUAAGAUUAUUUGAUUAGCUCAUAUGGUUAUUUGUUUGACGAGUAUUCUAGAAAGUUGAUUUGUAAAAUGAAAUUUUCAUUAGUCAGAUUUCUGAUACACAUAGACUUUCAAAAUUAGUCAAUUUUGAUUUUAUCGAUUGACAUUUAGUUCUAUUCUCGUAACCGUUUAGAGGAGGAUUGUUGAUUAGUUACUUUUGCUAUUUUUUUCUUUUACUUGUUGAAUUUCAUGACCACUCGAAAUCUACUAUCGUUUUGAAAAAGUAAUGGGUGUGAUUGCUUUUGAAUAAUUCUAGAAUGGAAAGAGAUAGGAACCUACGGUUUUCACAGAUCAAUAGGCAACAUUUGACUGCAUAUUGACAUAUCAAAAGAAAAUGUCCGAAACAAAUAGCCAACAUUUGGUCUUUUGCGAGGAUCUUUGAAAAAGCUUUGCAUAUGUUAGGUUUUUCGUAUAGAAAUUUAGUGUUUUGUUUUGUAUGACGAGGUGUGAGUGUUGAUGUGGGAAUGAGUCAUCUUUUCACAAACAUUCACACACACCUAGACCUAUAAAAUCACACUCACAUUCAAAGUCAUACUCACAUCUCGUCAUGCAAAAACUUACUAAAUUUCUAUGAGAAAAAUCUAAAAUAUGCAAAGCUUUUUCAAAGAUCCUUCAAAAAAGACAAACGUUGACUAUUUUUUUGUAUGCCAAUAUGCAUUCGAGUAUUGUCUAUUGAUCAGUGAAAAUCGCAGGUUCUUAUCUCCUUCCAUUCUAGAAUUAUUUCAAAAAAACAGUCACCCAUUGUUUUCUGAAAAAAGACGGUAGUCUAGACGAUGUUCAAGAAAAUUUCUCACUUGAUAAUCAAUGUUUUUAUGCUAAAAACGUUUUGUGAAAUUUCAAUUAAUCAUAUAGAUUCAGAAUUGCACCACGGUGGAACAAUUCGACAUAGAAAUCAUUCCAUACAUGAACUCUACGACAAGAAUGCACAAGCUGGUGGAAAUACAGCGUCUACAAAUAAUAUUUUGUAUAAUUACGGUGGUCGUGUAUUAACUGGAACUACCAAAGUUUAUCUUCUGUUUUAUGGCACUUGGACGAGUACUCAAAUAAAUAUUAUUAGGACAUUCGUUUCGACAGUUGGAACUACAAAUUGGUUCAACAUCGAAAAGACCUACUACUAUCAAGCUGCAUCCGGAAGUUCCAUUGUAAACACAGCAGGUCCACUCACUCUCGGAGGUGCAUGGACAUUGGACUACAUUUAUGGAACUCAACUUACAGGUACGAAUAUACCAGAUGCAUUUUCGAAUUAUAUUAGCCAGGGACAAUUACCAGAUGAUCCAAACGGUAUCUACUUAUGGCUGAGCUCUGCAGAUGUGUCAGAAAGCAAUUCAUGGGGUGAAUCUUUUCUUCAAAACUAUUGUGGAUAUCAUUCAACAUUUCCUAUUGAAUCUACACAAUACAUUUACGGAUUUAUAGGAAAUCCAAAAACAACUUAUGGUUGCAAUCCUUAUUUCCAGACUGUUUCACCUAAUAGUGAGCUCGGUGUUGACGCCAUGGUGAGUGUCAUCGCACACGAAAUAGUAGAAGCAAUGUCUGACUCAUUGGGUAAUGCAUGGUAUGAUUCAACUGGUGACGAAAAUGGAGACAAAUGGUAA